AUGGAAUCGGAAGCUUUGCUCAAAGAGUGCCGCCAGAGGCAGGAGGACGAGAUCGUUGCGCUCGAAUCCAUCUUUGCAGCUUCAGAAGAUACAAAAUACGAGGCCAUAUCUCAAACACCUGUAGAGAUAAGAGUCAAGCUGAUACAAAGCAAACCAGAGCCAGUGCUGGAAUUUCACCUCCCAGUCACGUUACCAAGGCCCACUUCGAUAGUAGUAGAAACCUAUGCACACGACCUCAAAGAGACGCCAGCGCAAGCUUCUAGCUCAAGGAAACCCUACCAGUCUUUGGACAUCGAAAAAGCCUUGCCGAGCAGAAAUCUGCAACAUUUAUAUUUAUCAUCUCGACAAAGCAACGGGCGUAGCUGCAAUCGAAUGCAGGAGCACAAGCUUGGUCAUCUGAAUGCGACUGCCACUGCAUUUCUGCCUGGCCGUGCUAGCACAUCCGAGCUUGCAGAUCAUCGCCACUCGCAGCAAACUGCAAAUUCACAGAAGCUAAGGACCACAGAAGUCGCCGUCGAUGCUCUGGUACGGCCUUUUUUGAGUUCAACCAAGAGCUGUAACGAGGCCUCGGAGAACAGUUAUGUGUCCACCUCGCGGCUAUUAUCGACCAAGAAGCUUCCUGCACUUGUUCAUCUCUCUCCCAUAUCGCUACGAGUACGGCUACCUCUGACAUACCCAGUGGAACAUUCUCCCAUUGUUGAAAGCCUCACCGCAUCAUGGUUGCCGUGUACCCUGGGCCAACAAUGCCGAUCUCACUCAUGGAUCCUUCAAAAGCUGGACGAGCAGUAUCAGCAAAUGAGCGGCAUGGAAGUGCUGUACAUCUGGGCCACUUUUCUCUCCGAAAGUCUCUGGAUAUCUCUUUUGGAAGAGGCGCCACCUGCAGACGAUGCUCCUGCCUUCUUGCAACCUGCAAAUACAGUGUCCGAAUCAGGGCAUGCGGGUCUACGCUUCGAGGAGCGCCUUUCAGCGCCGGAAGCAGAGCCACUACUCGCAGAUCAGCUUGUCGCGUAUUCGCGUCUCUGCAGCCGCAUCAACUUCGACGUCUCUUCGUUCGACUGUGUCAUCUGCCUCGAAACGCGCAAAGGCCGAGCGUGCACUCGGCUCACAGGCUGCGGACACAUUUUCUGCUCCGAGUGCCUUGCAGGCUACCUUUCGAGCUUGGUUGAUGAUGGCUUUCAUCGUCAAGCAAAACGAUGCCCUGACCCAGAAUGCGUUAUGCUCUGGAGUCGGCGUGAAAAGGACAACCUCGUAGACCAGGAAGGAAACCUUAUUACGCCUGCCAAGGCUAGGUUCAAGCAGACGGUCGCGAAUGCUCCACAGGGUCAGUCUGAAACCGGCAGUACAGACGACAAGCAGGUCGUUGGUCUUGUGACACGCACUGAGCUGGAAUCGAUUCUGGGUGCAGCACGCUUGGGCAAACUCGACGCACUUACAGUCAAAGCCAAGAUGGAGGCGGACCCUUCGGUAUGCUACUGUCCUCGAUCAGGCUGUCAGGCAGCUGUGGUGCGACUCUCUUCGGACGAGAACUCGGGUCACUGGGAGCGAUUCCGCGAAUGCCUUUGCUGCGGAUUUGCCUUUUGCGCCUGGUGUUCACGUUCCUGGCACGGACCCACCGCAUGCCCUGUGUCUUUCCAGUCGGAGCUGAUCCGUCGGUACCUCUCCUUGUCUGCAUCUUCACCGGAUCGUGCUUUGAUGGAGCAGAAGUUUGGCCGCAAAACGCUCGAGACCAUGGUGCGCAAGUACGAAGAAGAACAGCAAACGCAACAGUGGCUCUCGCACUUCACUACGCCGUGUCCCACGUGUGCCAUUGCGAUCGAAAAGUCGUACGGUUGCAAUCACAUGACAUGCAAAAGUUGCCAGACACACUACUGCUAUCUGUGCGGCAAGCCGAUUUCGUCGCAGAAUCCGUAUCAACAUUUCAACACGCCGGGAUACGAGUGCUAUCAUCGACUGUUUGAUGGUUUACUCGGCGAUCAAGCUCCUCAAGAUCACCAACAGCUCCAACAAGACGAUGCCGACGCGAGAAGAGACAGGGAUGGUGGAGCUGAUGCACGACCACGAUUCGCAUUAUUGCUGGAUCAGAAUGGGAUUCCGCUCCACUUGGAACCUGAGGAUCAUCACAUGGAUCUUCUUGCAUGGCAGCAGCUUGGCUAA